CACUUCACCUUCCUGUAGUAAGCAACUGAUUCAAGCUCCGCACCUUUGCGCAAAGUUUCUCAACACCUAAAUAUGGCGUUUUGGGGGGCUUUUAUAGAACCAGGGAAACCGUACACACUAAAGUUGCAUAACAAUAAUAAAAGGCGUGUUCGGAUUUCACAGGCGACACUGGGGGAGCGUAGUGGAUUGUGGAAAUCAAGAUCGAUAGUUCGAUGUGCCAUAGGCAGUCAACCUCCAAUUUCAAUCUGCUCAUUGUGCAAGGAAAUUCAUUGCUGUCAGUUGGAUCUUGAGUUCGAGGAGUUUGAUGACGUUGUUUUCUCAGUUGUUGGUCCACGUGGCGUCCACCUUGCCGGUUAUUACCUCUCUUCCAGGGAAACCACUAGUAAAAGUACUGGAACUGAUGAACUUGGAGUUGACUUGUAUGGAGAAGAUAUUAGCAAUGCAGUGUGUGAGAGAAAUAUAGAGGUGACAGCUAGCAAACCAGCGUUGCUGGAAACACAAAGCGGUGCUGAUGAUAAUGAUGAUGCAGGAAAAAUAGAGCUUUUGGUUCCAGUUGAGGGGAGAGGUACAAGCUUUAAUAAUAUCGCAACUGAUUGCGGACUCAAAGAAGAUACACCAAAGGCUAUGAACAAGGGCAACUGUCCACUGGCUAUAAUUCCAUGUCAGAAACCAAUCAUUGGAAAAGAUUCAAACAGAAGUCCCCAACCAGUAAAUGAAGUGAGUCAUUCUCGGGACAGAAAGAAAAGGAAGACUGAAAACCAGGAAAAUCGUUGUGACUCAAAUAUAUCCUCAUUCAGUUGGAGAUGGAAAAUUGAAGCUCACUUGCAACUCUUAAGGAGAUCAAUUAGAGUGCCAUGUCAUCAGAUACUUGCAUUAUCAGAUGGAAUGACGUUGCCAAGAGCUUCAAACAAAAGUCCCGAACCAGUAACUGAAAUGUGCCAUUCUCAGGAUAGAACGAAAGAAAAGAAAAGGAAGAUUGAAAACCAAGAAAAUCGUUAUGACUCAAAUAUAUUAUCUCAAUUGGAGAUGGAAAAUCGAAGCUCACUUGCAAAUCCUAAGGAGAUCACCGAGAGUUGCAAAGCACCACAGAUACUUACAUUAUCAAAUGGAGUGACUUUUGAGGUGCUGGUGAAGGGAAAACAAGAUGGAAAAGUAGCUUCCACAGGAAAGCAGGUCAAAAUUUAUUUCAUUGCCAAAUUAAGAGGUACAGGAUGCGUCGUUGGCUCUAACAUUGGUGAAGCUCCCCAUAGAUUCCGUCUAGGUGACAAGAACAUGGUAAAGGGAUUGAACAUUGGCAUUGAAGGUAUGCAUGUUGGUGAAAAGAGAAGACUAACUGUUCCACCAUCUUUGGGCUUUGGUAAAAAGGCUAGGCCUCCAGUACCGGCAGACUCAUGGCUCCAGUAUGACAUUGAAUUGGUUGAUAUAUGUGAAUAAUAGAGAUAAUAUACAGUUACUCCAUUCAACAAUGAAAGCAAUGUUGCCAACCCUUGCUGAGGUAGUUAUGUGAAGAGUUGUUUUACUAUCUUUAUAUGCAUUUUAGACAGUAAGUAAAGCAGCUCUCCUGUGAUGAUAUUAGCUUUUUUUUUUUUUUUUUUAAGCAUGAUGAUAUUUGCUUUGAUAACUGAAGUUUUGUUUUUUUGGCCUCCGGGAAAUGUUUAGUGGCCUGGUUGAAUUUUGCCGCGAUAUGAAUCGUGGUGUAUCAGUUUUGUUAGUUUAAUUUUAUUUAACAUAUCGUGCUAAACAACUUUUGUUUUGGACAAAGAGUCGUAGGAUAUUU